CUCAGUAGAAAGGGUGAAACCUGAACCAAUCUGGCAACCCAGAGAGGAAGGAGAAAAACAGCAAAGCCACCAAGAAAGGAAGAAACGACAUAGAGACUUUACUUCAACUUAGCCUAGCUAAAUUAUUACCUGUUUAUAUAGACGUUAUAAACGGAGAGAGAAGCGCUAUAACGUCUGGUUCACACGUAUUACCGCUAACAUAUCAGUCCAUAAUGCAAACGCACUGAAAGCGCUGUGUGAUAAUUCAACUGAAACAGAGUUAUACAUAUUAGCUAGCUAAGUUAGCGAGAUAGCAUAGAAGUUAGCGUUUUAGCUAACAGCCCUUUCCUAUCUGCCUGACUUAAGUCGUUUAAAAUUCGUAAAAGAAAAUACAACGAAGCUGGAUUUUACUCUGAAGACUCCAGAAAUGACGAGGUUAACUGUGCAGUGAUUAGCAUUUCCCAGUCACAUGGAAGGAUAGUAACCGUCGGCUAUCACCUCCCAUGCCGUGGAAACGUCAGGAUGAAGAAGACGUUUAGCCUUAAGACGUUCCGAAAGUCGUUCAACAUCAAGGGCAAAGAGGAUGGAGAUUUUGUGAUGCUCCAAAAGCCGUCGUUGGCCCCCGAGUUCACAAAAGACGACUCUCUUUUUGGAAGUUGUUACGCCAAAGAGCUAACUUGUGACCUCCAUGGUGAGGACGCAAGGGCCCACAAGAACAGAUCCAAGAGUGAAAGUCUUAUGGGGACCUUAAAAAGGAGACUUUCUUCCAAGCAGAAACCUAAAAGUAAAGGAGGGUCAGCCUCAGUGGGCUUGGGAGAUGAUGACGAUACGUUCUCAUCCUCUUCAGUCCCCAUAAGCUUUAAUGAAGCCAAAGCCCAGCGCCCUUUAAGAUCAGCUUCCCUGCGGAGUCAUCACUACAGCCCUUCCCCUUGGCCCAUAAGAACCGUUGACCCUGAGGAAGCCUGUAUUAAGAUGGAGGUGAAGGUAAAAGCCAUGGUUCACACACCUAGCUCCAGUCCAUCCCUUAAUGGUGUUCGAAAAGAGUUCCAUGACAUCCAAAUGGAGGGACUUUUUGACGAUCGAAGCGACUCUAUGAAGAAUUUAGAGCCUUCAAACAGUGACUUGCAUUUAAACAUGGAAGCACACAUGCCUGUAGUUAUUGGACUGACACCUCAGGACUACAUCCAGUACACAAUGCCUUUAGAUGAGGGAAUGUACCCCGAAUCGUCCCACUCUUUGUGCUUGGAUGGCACCUCACCCAUAGAGGUGAUGGAACAAGUCAAUGACGAAUCGUUGAAUGUGGAUCAAGGCCAUGUUGACCAUGAUCUUUUAACUUCGGAUAUUCUCAUGGAUCAAUCCAUGAAUGGGAUUGUACUUGGUACUCCGGGACUAGUCCUUCAAAAUUCAGGAUCCGAGGCUCCUUCACUUUCGCCUUCGCUUUCCCCUGUUUCUGGUGGUGAAAUUCCAAGAACCUAUUCCGGAUUUGGUGGUGCUGAUUCACACGUUGCAGAAAGAGUGAGGCACCAUCUCAAUUUUGACCCAAAUUUUGCUCCUGGUGUCAGCAGGGUAUAUGAUUCAGUACAAAGCAGUGGACCAAUGGUUGUCACGAGCCUUACAGAAGAGCUGAAGAAACUGGCUAAGCAGGGUUGGUACUGGGGACCUAUAACGCGAUGGGAAGCUGAGGACAAACUCAUCGACCUUCCGGAUGGUUCUUUUUUGGUGCGUGAUAGCUCAGACGACCGCUAUCUUCUCAGUUUGAGCUUUCGAUCGCAAGGCAAGACUCUUCACACUAGGAUCGAACAUUCGAACGGAAGGUUCAGCUUUUACGAACAGCCCGAUGUAGAAGGUCACACGUCCAUCGUCGACCUCAUCGAGCACUCCAUUAAGGACUCUGAAAACGGUGCGUUCUGUUACUCCAGAUCGCGCCAGCCAGGAUCUGCGACGUACCCGGUUCGAUUGACCAAUCCCGUAUCUCGUUUCAUGCAAGUGCGUUCGCUGCAGUACUUGUGCCGAUUCGUUAUUCGACAAUACACACGGAUUGACCUGAUUCAGAAACUACCUUUACCAAACAAAAUGAAAGAUUACUUGCAGGAAAAGCACUACUGAACUGGGAUACAGUAGUAAAAUUGCACUUUUGGAUCAAGUUGAUGUUAAAUGGUUUACAAACAUUUUGUGGAGUUCAAGUGAUCCGUUAAGUUUGUUUUGUAUCAAAAGCAUUAGUUUAUCUCAUCUUGGUAAAUUUGUUGUUGCUCAGAUUCACUAUAAAGGUACACUUUCAUUUUUGAUCUACUGGGGAACCUGACAGUAGAAUUCUACUCAAAAAAUGUGUGACGAACAGUAGUCACUACUUCCCUUCCGAAUCCUUGAAACUAAUAGUUUUGAUUUACGCUGCUCUUACAACAUAUAUAACAUAACUUAGUGUUAGUUCAUUAAAGGAAAAGUCCACCCUGAAAUUCAUUAAAUGUGUUUAUAUUGAAAUAUUUGUGAAGUAUCUGGCAAUUCUGGUGCAAAUUAUUUGAUUGGUGUUGUUUUUUCAUUAUGUUUGUACAUUGAUAGUGCAGUUACAAUGGUGUUUAAUAGGAGAAAAAACUAAACAAUCUCAGCCAUAAGGGAUAACAGACAGGAUUUGCUGUUUGUGGCCAAAAAAAUGCAAGAGUUUCUUUUCUCACUCACCAGUUUCCAGUGACGUAAGGAAGCAGUGGUCUCAGAAUCAGCUCAUCUAGUUAGUGAUCUAGGAUGUGAUGAGCACGAUGACACUUUCGGCAGUAAUAGCAUGAAAGUUGAAGUUUUGGAAGCUUAGACAGACUAAAGGACUAAAUCCUACCGUACUACUGUCAGCAGGGAGUCGAACAGCAUUGUGGGUAGUGUAUGAAACUGUUAGCCAAAGUGAACAUAGGCCAGUGAAAGAAGUUUAAACAAAAAAAAGUCAACUCAGAAUUUCAUUCCAAAAUAAGUCUUGGACAUCAUAAAAAUGAACAUGCGCAUUGUUCAGGGUGGAUUUUUCUUUUAAGGGUCGGUGAUGCUGAUCAAGUCAAAAUAAGCUCAAGAAUCAGGAAACGCUAGACAUGACAGUCCAAUGUCAGAUCAGAAUAUUAACCAGGCUUAGAAAUCUAUGCUUAAUUAUUUAAUUGGCAUUCAUAUCACACUAUUUGCUCGAGGUCUGUUAAUACAUAUCAGUGCAAGGUCAAGAGGAUUGAUUGGUGCAGUAACAGAUGCUAAAACAGUCUCAGUGAUGCUCAGCUUUAUAUUUUGAUGUACUAGUUUUUGUAAUAUCUCUUCUCUAAUUUCAUGUGAAAUGACAAUUUUUAAAUUGACAUUGGUACUUUCACUUAGAUUAAUUGAGCAGAUUAAUUAAAUCGCUGUCCAAAUGUAAUACCAUGGAUUCAGUCAGAGGUUGACGAAUAGCUUUUAUUUAAAAUUCAGAUUUCGUGGUGAUUUGGCCAUAAGGUGCUUGUCUUAUAGAUGUUUGAUUAAACUGAGUAUGAUAUGUUCCUUGCUCCUGCCUAAGUAGUUUGUAACCCGCAAAAUGGUUUCUUGUGAAAUAGAAUUGAGCGUGGUGCAUUUUGAACUGAAGUAACCUUUUCCGUUUAUCAUAUUUUUAUAUUCACUUUUACAUUAUUGUCCAGUUUAACAGUCAAGAACCAAGACCAGACGGCCUUCCAUCAUCUCAAUUUCUGUUUACCUUGUUCAGGACUAACAAUAAUAAAGGCGAUAAUAAUGCAUCUUCAGUGGCAGCUAUGGAUAAACUUUUGUAAAUGGCUGAAUUUAGCGUCCGAUUUAGUUACCUCUGAUUAUUUGCGCAGAAACAAGACUGCACCUGAUGCUCAGGUUCCUUGAUUAGCACAUACAUACAAUUUUCCAAAUCUCUGCAACAACAAAUUAACAUUUUAUACCACUGCAAAUGAAAAUUUGUAUUAGGCAUGCGCCGAUAAUCAGUUAUAUAUUAUAGCAAGAUAUUCACCUAACUCGUUUCUCUCACCAUGGACACAAAAUAUCAUUAGUAACCCUGUGUUCCUUUCAGGUAGAGGCUGCCUAGGGAGUCAGCAUAAAGUCUGCCUUGCUUGAAAGGCUUUAUUUUAGACAGAUUUGAAGGCAAUCCUGUAGAUCCGUUAAUGAGAUUUUAGAAAGUGAUGGCAGGCAGAACUGUAGCUCUGCCUUUUUCUUUAAAAUCAUUUAAUCAUUCAGUUAUCAUGUUAGAAAAAUGCAAUAUCGGCACAUGCCUUAACAAAUGUUUUGUCAUACAGUAUAUCCAACAUGCAGGUCAAACAAACAUGCCAAGGAUCUCGUUGUGUUCAAAGGGAACAGAUGAAGAAUGCUGUUUUUUAUGUUUCUAUGUGUGAUAUUUGUGCUUCCUACAGUAUUUCAUCAAAUUGUUUUAUCACUAUCAAUGUUGUGUUUUAACAUCUCGGUUUUUCUCCAAACGUAUCGACUUAAUAUAAAGAGCGGUUGCUGAAUAGAAAUCGAUGGAUUAAUUACUUUUGUUGGGAGAAAUGAUUGUGAAACGUGGGUGAGUGACGUCAUUCACGAGCACAGCUUUAUGAAGAUGUGUUACUUCAUUUGCGAAUAAAGUCAGUGACUGAA